CACUUACAAUGAGAUGUGGGCAGAUGCCCAGAAAGACCUUGACAUCCAGCUCCAGAGAGAAAGAGAAGAGUUCCUCCAGCCAGAGAUGGACCGCGUGAAGGCAUUCAGGAAGUUAGCCACUUCCUACAUCAGAUACAUACAGAUCUCCCGUCAGCUGGAGGUGGCCCACGACCAGCUCCUUCACCAGCAGAAGCGGGCAGCAAUUCGGCAAGUGCUGGAUGCCGUGAUUGGCCGGAUCCUGGAGAUUAAGAAAGAGAUGGUGAACCUGGAGAAUUCAGAGUUUCAUUACAUUGAUGACAUCCUGCGACAGCUAGAGCUUAGCCCGGAACACUUAGAAAUACCUAUCCCAAGGUAUUUCAUUAAAGAAAGGCUGGAAGUCCUGCAACAGAGGGAGAAACUCCUUGAUGCGAUUUUGCUUGAUGCUGGAUUGCAGACACAGGAACCUGUCCAGGCCAUGACAUUUGAAGAAGCCACUAAAUUGAUCCAGAUUGCUGAACGGGCUCGCCAAGGCCGUUGUGAAGCAGCAUUCAUGAAGCAACUUAACUUUGAAGACAAGAGAGACAGAGAAAUUAAGCAUCAGGUUGAGACAGGUCUAAGUCCAGAUGCUGCUGCCACUUGCAUUCAAAAGGUUUGGCGUGGAUAUAUCCAGCGCAAAAACACAGAGAAAAUGAGAGAAGAGGAAAUGAUAUUUCUGGGGAUG